AGAAUAUCCAUUGUCAUUGUACCUUCAGAGAUUCUUUCUCACAGAUAGAUGGCAAUUGGCCCAAACACAUUUGGCAUAGAUAUUUAAAAAAAAAAAAAAAUUCUUUUUUAGCUUUUCUCUCGCUCUCUCUAUUAUCAAUCAUCAAACCCAACUCAUCUUUCUCACGCUCACACAUCCCGUUCUCUCCCAGGUUUCUUCUUUUUCUUCUGCUCUUCCUUCCUAUAUUAUUGUGAAAAUCCCAUUAUGACACUCUCUAUAAAUCCCACUCUCUCUCCUUUCUCCACAACUACUUGCUCUUCCUCUUCUUCUGCUACUGCUACUUCUCUUUGCUCUACUACUACCCCUUCCUCCGUUUCCUUCAAAGUUUCGAGCUUUAGGUCACGCAGAGCAAAACCCAUCAGCCUAUUUGCCGAAGAGAUUGGAUUAAACAAGUGUUACAGGAGAAAGGGUUGUGUUGUUAGAGCUGAAGAAGGGAGUGGCAGCGGCAGAAUGACCAUCUCUGAGUACAUUAAAGAGGAAGAGAAUGAAGAGGAAGAGAAUCCUCCCCUUUUGCUAGAUUCAGAGACCAAUUCCAGGCCCCGUCGGAUUGCUCUGUUUGUUGAGCCUUCUCCCUUUGCAUAUGUCUCAGGGUACAAGAACCGGUUCCAGAAUUUUAUCAAGUACUUGCGCGAAAUGGGGGAUGAGGUAAUCCUUUUGUUCUUUGAGAUAAUGUGCUUUGUUUUGGCUAAUCAGGAUAUGACUUCCUAUGCUUGAGAUAUAGUUGAGAUCAGGUUUAGUUGCCCACUGGAAGUUUGGACUUAGGAUGUAGUAUUUGUGUUCUAGUUUUAUUUGAUUGGGUCUUAGCCUUCUUGGUUUUCUCGAGUUCUCUUUGCUAGAUACCAAAUAUGUAUGAAUGAUGCAGGUGAUGGUGGUGACUACACAUGAAGGGGUACCCCAAGAGUUUUAUGGUGCGAAAUUGAUUGGAUCGCGAAGCUUUCCUUGCCCCUGGUAUCAGAAAGUACCCUUGUCCCUAGCACUUAGUCCUAGAAUAAUAUCCGAGGUUGCCAGAUUCAAGCCGGAUAUCAUACAUGCAUCAUCCCCAGGAAUUAUGGUUUUUGGUGCCCUUGCUAUUGCAAAAAUGUUGUGUGUUCCCAUAGUGAUGUCGUAUCAUACUCAUGUCCCUGUAUACAUCCCUAGGUACACUUUUAGUUGGCUGGUGAAGCCCAUGUGGAUGGUCAUAAAGUUCCUUCACCAAGCUGCUGAUCUUACUCUGGUACCUUCAGCUGCCAUUGGGAGGGAUCUCCUAGCAGCUCAAGUGGCAGCAGCUAAUAGGAUUCGUCUUUGGAAUAAGGGCGUUGACUCUGAGAGCUUUAACCCUCAAUUCCGUUCACACGAAAUGCGAGUGAGAUUAACCAAUGGGGAACCUGAGAAACCAUUGAUAGUCCACGUUGGCCGACUUGGAGUUGAGAAGAGCUUGGACUUCCUCAAAAGGUACUGUCUUUCGAAAAUCCACCACCUCUUUCUCUCUAUCGUUUGUUUUGCAAAGAUCUACUCUGCAUAAUCUGCUUCCCAAUUGACAUUUGAGAAUGAAUUUGAACACCAGCGUGAUGGAUAGGCUUCCAGAUGCUAGGAUUGCGUUUGUUGGAGAUGGACCGUAUAGACCGGAGCUGGAAGAGUUGUUUAAAGGGAUGCCAGCUGUAUUCACUGGAAUGUUGGGAGGAGAAGAACUCUCCCAAGCAUAUGCAAGUGGAGACGUGUUUGUGAUGCCUUCUGAAUCCGAGACCCUGGGGCUGGUGGUUCUGGAGGCCAUGUCUUCAGGAAUCCCUGUGGUCGGGGUUCGAGCUGGUGGCAUUCCAGACAUAAUCCCACCGGAGCUGGAAGGCAAAAUUGGGUUUUUAUUCAGUCCUGGGGAUCUCGAUGACUGCGUGGACAAGUUGGGAACUUUGCUUCGUAACGAAGAACUGAGGGAGACCAUGGGGAGAGCAGCACGGAUAGAGAUGGAGCAGUAUGAUUGGAGGGCUGCCACCAAGAUGAUCCGGAACGAGCAGUACAAUGCUGCCAUUUGGUUCUGGCGCAAGAAGAGAGCACUGCUUCUCAGACCUUUGCAGUGGCUGGUGAAGAGAAUCUUCCCGUCUCCUGAAGUUCAUUAUCAAUGAAAGGCGCCAGUUGGGUUCGGAAGAUUAAAAACUGAGAAGCGGUGUAUAUAUGUGGGGGGGAUUAUUGAAACCGGUCUGCGAGAUGCCAUUGGAAUCCUAUUUGUGUGAAAGAUUGGUAGACCAUGGAAAUGGCGGGUGGUCUAUUGUUGUGCAAGUGGAAAUGACAUGGAUAGUCUUACGAAUUUGUAUUUGGCUUGAUUUGGUUCAAAAUCAGAAAUUUCAUAUGAAAAAGAGAGAGUGAUAUAGAGUCCUCUGUACCUCGUUCCACUUUCAUGAGUCCAUAGGUUGCGGUAUGCAUUUGCUUGUGUGAUCGACUUUUUUUUUUUUUUUUUUAAUUGGGAAAUAGGAGGAACAAUAAAGCAAGAAUAUGAAAAUAAGAAUAUGAAAGCAAGAAUAUG